AUGGGAUUUCAUCCGACAAGUAAUCCUCAGAAGCUAGCCUAUAAUGAAGGAGGCAAUGGAAUAGCAGAAGAGUUUGAAGAUGUCAAAAGAUCAGAUUUCCCAGCUGGAUUUCUCUUCGGUGUUUCCACUUCUUCAUAUCAAAUUGAGGGUGCAAUUCUUGAAGAUGGAAAGAGCCUUAGUGACUGGGAUGUUUUUGUCCGCAAAAUUGGUAAUAUAAAGAAUGGAGACACCGGAGAUACAGCAACUGACCAUUACCAUCGUUACAUGGAAGAUAUUGAGAUAAUCCAUUCCCUUGGGGUGGAUGCUUACCGUUUCUCCAUUUCCUGGCCAAGGAUACUUCCAAAUGGGAAAUCCGGUGGUGUUAAUGCAGCUGGAAUCAUGUUCUACAAUAGUAUUAUUGAUAACCUUUUACUCCGAGGCAUUCAGCCAUUUGUGACAAUUUACCACUGGGACAUGCCUCAAGUGCUUAGUGACAAAUACGGGGGCUGGCUCAAUCCUCUGAUUCAGGAUGAUUUCCUCCAUUUUGCUGAAACAUGUUUCAAGAAUUUUGGUGAUCGGGUGAGGUAUUGGGUGACCAUAAAUGAACCAAAUACAGUUGCAGAAUGCGCCUAUGAAUGGGGAAAACAUCCUCCAGGUCAUUGCUCCCCUCCUUUGGGCAACUGUUCAGCUGGUAAUUCAGAUACCGAGCCCCUAAUUGCAGUGCAUAACAUGUUACUUGCACAUGCCAAGGCUUCCAAACUCUAUCGCGAGCAGUUUCUGCCCAAACAAGAAGGUGUAAUAGGAAUGGUGCUCCACUCGUUUAUGUUUGAACCAUUAACUGAUGAUGAGCAUAACAAGGAAGCUGCAGAUAGGGCUUUGGCUUUUAAUCUGGCUUGGGCUUUGGAUCCUCUCGUGUUUGGUGAUUAUCCUCCAGAAAUGCGUCGAUACCAUGGGAAUGAGUUACCCAAAUUCACAUCAGAGGAGAGACUGCUCAUAAGGGAUAGCAUUGACUUCAUUGGACUAAACCACUAUUCAACUCUUUAUGCCAAGGAUUGCAUACACUCAAGUUGUUCCUGCUCUGGCUCUGCCUGUCUCCCCGGUGGAGACCGUGCCAUCCUAGGCUUUGUCUCCACAUCUGCAGAGAAUGGUGGUGUUUUGAUUGGAGAACCUACAGGGAUGCCUAGAUUAAGUGUUGUUCCAAGAGGAAUGGAAGAGAUUGUAGACUAUACAGUGAAUCGAUACGAUAACAAGCCCAUUUUUAUUACUGAGAAUGGUUAUUCUUCGCCACUGCAACAAGAUCAACUUGAUGAUUUACAGCGUGAUGUCAAGCGAAUUGAAUUUCACCAAGCAUACCUAGCAUCUUUGGCUCGAGCCAUGAGAAAUGGUGCUGAUGUGAGGGGCUAUUUUGUUUGGACUUUGAUGGAUAAUUUUGAAUGGUCAUUUGGGUAUGAUGUGAAGUUUGGACUUUAUUCUGUUGAUCGGGCAACGUUGAAUAGAAAUCCUAGGUCCUCUGCCAAGUGGUAUAGAAAUUUCCUGAGGAACAUCAGCUCCAAUGGCAUGAAGCCCAGAACUGCAUUUUCACUUUGGAGCAAAGUUGGUAGAGCAGAAGAAGAGUGAUGAACUAAUGUUUUCAGUUCAUUUCCCCCCUUUAUUGAACAUAUGUUUAUCCUUGGUAUAUACAAGAAUGGUGAGGAUAUUGAAUAGCAAGCUCGAACUGUGCCUCACUGCAUUAUGUUGUAUUAUGCGGGAUCAAAUUUACCCUUACAGUUUACAGCACGAAGAAGAACUGGAAAUUUCGUGGCUAUUAAGAAAAAUUA